AUGGUGUACCAUAAUCUGAAAGCUCUGAUCAAGGGCAUUCGCGCGUGCAAGACUGUCGCAGACGAGCGCGCCCUCAUCAAGCAGGAGUCGGCGGCCAUUCGGGCAUCCUUCCGCGAAGAGGACUCAUACGCAAGACACAACAAUGUCGCCAAGCUCCUCUACAUCCACAUGCUCGGCUCCGAGGCCCACUUCGGUCAGAUGGAAUGUCUCAAGCUCGUAGCCAGCCCUCGCUUUGGAGACAAACGGUUAGGGUACCUCGGGAUUAUGUUGCUCUUGGACGAGAAGCAGGAGGUAUUGACCCUAGUCACGAACUCGCUCAAGAACGACAUGAACCAUGCCAACAUGUAUGCCGUUGGUCUGGCUCUAUGCACGUUUGCGGACAUUGCAUCGGAGGAGAUGUCGCGAGACUUGGCCAAUGAGAUUGAGAAGUUGCUUGGGUCAAGUAACACAUAUAUCAGAAAGAAGGCCGCUCUAUGCGCGCUGAGGGUUGUCCGCAAAGUACCAGAACUUGCCGAUCACUUCGUCACAAAAGCCAAGAACCUUCUCGCGGACCGCAAUCACGGUGUAUUGCUCACCGCGAUUACACUGGUGACGGAGAUGUGUGAGAUUGACCCGAACUGCUUGGAGGAGUUCCGUAAUGCCGUCCCUAUGCUCGUACGACACCUCAAAGCCCUUGUUACAACAGGCUACAGUCCGGAACAUGAUGUCUCAGGCAUCACGGAUCCCUUCCUCCAGACCAAGAUCCUUCGUCUUAUGCGCUUCCUGGGUCGCAAUGAUCCCAAGGCGAGCGAAACGAUGAACGACAUCCUCGCUCAAGUAGCCACGAACACGGAUUCCACCAAGAACGUCGGUAACUCUAUCCUCUAUGAGACCGUCAUGACCGUUCUGGAGAUUGAGGCGGAUAGUGGUCUGCGGGUUAUGGCGAUCAACAUCCUCGGUAAAUUCUUGAGCAACAGGGACAACAACAUCCGGUAUGUUGCUCUGAACACCCUCAACAAGGUUGUUGCUAUCGACACCAACGCCGUCCAACGGCAUCGCAACAUCAUUCUCGACUGUCUUCGCGAUGGCGAUAUUUCUAUCCGGCGACGCGCUCUUGAGCUUUCAUAUGCGCUCAUCAACGAACAGAACGUCCGGAUCCUCAUCCGGGAGCUGUUGGCCUUCCUUGAGGUGGCGGACGACGAGUUCAAGCUCGGUAUGACUACUCAGAUCUGCCUGGCUGCAGAACGCUUCGCUCCAAACAAACGGUGGCAUAUAGACACCGUGCUGCGCGUACUUAAGCUAGCUGGGAACUUCGUCAGGGAGGAGAUCUUGUCCGGCUUUAUCAGACUCGUCGCGCAUACACCCGAACUGCAAGCAUACACCACCUCGAAACUGUACACCUCGCUUCACUCAGACAUCUCGCAAGAGUCUCUGACUUUGGCGGCGACCUGGCUUGUCGGCGAGUACAGUGAGAUCAUCCUCGAAGGCGGCCUUGUGGACGAAGAGACCCCCAAGUCGAUCACUGAUCAUGAACUGAUCGACCUUCUGAUCUCGACCCUCGACUCACCAUACGCUAAUUACCUCACCCGCCAAUUCGUCCUUACAGCGCUCACGAAGAUGUCCUCACGGCCAACGACGGGCGCCAUGCAGCAGGAGCGAAUACAGAACCUCCUUCUGUCGUACACGACGAGCCUCGAGCUCGAAAUCCAACAGCGUGCAGUCGAGUUUGCGAGCCUGUUCAACCUCAGCCAAGUCCGCGAGGGCGUGCUCGAGCGCAUGCCGCCACCGGAGGUCAAGCAGACCGUCUACGGCUACGGCAGCGAGAAGAAGCCAGUUGGCUCCGUACAGUCCGGCCAGGACGCAACGAUGAUCGACCUCCUCGGCGAGGACACCACACCAGCAGCGAACGGCGCGCCCGCAGUCGCGAACAGCACCCAGGACCUGCUUGCCUCGCUCUUCGGCGGGGCGGACGCAUCCCCUGCACCCGCCGCCGCCGGCUCGCCCGCGCCCCCAGCGCCGCCCACGCAGCGCGACAUCGCGAAGGACAUCCUCGGCCUCUUCGACUCCCCCAACCCGUCCGGGUCCCCUGCGCCCGCCGCCGCAGCCUCUCCUCCCCCGCCCGCCGGGAUGUCAGCAAUGGCAGGAAUGGGCGGGAUGGGCUCCGUGUUCGCGGCAGCGGCGGCGACGCCCGCCGCGCCCUCGCCCGUGCCGGUGGCCCCAGCGGGAUACAUCGCGUACGACCAGAACGAGCUGAAGGUGACGCUCGUGCCGCAGACGUCGCCGACGCGGCCGGGCCUCGUUCGCGUCGUCGCGAGCUUCCUAGCGACGGGGAUGGCGCCGAUAUCGGGCCUGAACUUCCAGGCGGCGGUGACGAAGACGCAGCAGCUGCAGAUGGCGCCGAUCUCGAGCGCGGAGGUCGUGCCGGGCAAGAUGGAGACGCAGGAGAUGCGCGUGCUCGCGCCCGUUGGGGCGGCGAUCCGGCUCCGGCUCCGGAUCGCGUUCACCGUUGGCGGGCGCACAGUGCAGGACACGGUCGAUUUCAACAGCUUCCCGCCCGGACUCACCGGGGGCACGUGA